AUGAUUUUCACAGCUGUUCUUGGUUUUUUAAUGAUGAUGAAGGUAUCAGCAGCAUCAAGUAAGUGAGAAAACAAUUUUAAAGGACAGGGCAAGAUCUCAUGAGUUCAUCUGGAAUGAUUUUCUAGAAAAAUUUCUAGGUUCAAAAAUCCCCAGGUUCAAGACAAGACAAUUUUGAACCUUGAACUCCAAAGUGUUUACUAUGAAAAAGAUCAAACCCAAUUUUUUCGAUCAUUGAAACACUUUGAAAAAUGUCAAUCAGUCACUCAAAAACUUUCGAUAAUGUGGUUUUUGAUUUACAAAUUUUGAACUAUUACCAUUUCAGAACAAUCAUGUUUAUUUCUACCAAAUGUUAUGUUAAAUGGUGGAACUGUUGAUGAAUUCUCAACAAAAGAUAUCAAAGAUUGUUGUGUUCGAUGUUCAAACAGUAAUUGUUGUAUGGCAUAUACAUAUGAUAAUGUGAAUGAAAGAUGUUAUUUGAAAAAUUCAAUUGGUCAUUCAACAGUUGAUGAAGGAAAAACGAGUGGUUUAAAACCAAAUGCAUAUUUUGGUAUGUUGCAAUAUAAAUAUUUUAUGACUUUUAGAUGUUUUGUUCUUUUCAGGAAAAGGUGUCAAAUUGCGAAACAUCAAAAUUCUUGGAGAUUCACCAAAAUCAAUCUCACUUCAAAAUCAUGAAGAAUGUUUACAAUAUUGUUCAGGUAAGUCAUUCCACAUCACUGAUUUUUUCCUUCAAUGAUAAACCCAAAUGCGGGAAAAUAAGAAGAAAGUAAACGCAACUUCCGUCAAAAUAAAACCUGCUUUUUCUGGCGCCUUUUAUGUGUUUUGUAUAAUUCAAUUAAUAUAUUUGAAGAACAAAAAAAAGAUGAUGACUUUGGUUGAUGUUCUUCUGAUAGAUCACCUUUUUUCCAAAAUUUCGAGAGAUAGAUAGAAAAAUCGGAAGUUCUGAGGCUAGCUAGAUAAGGCUAUUUAUAGAACAUGAAAAAUAUAUACAUAUAAAAAAGAAGAAAAAGUAGAUCAAUGAAAAAGAGAAACAUAUCAUUUUUCUUGUUUUAGUACAUCAAGUUUCGACUUGGACACCAAAAAUGGAACCUGAAGAAGAUGGAGGUGAUUGCUCGUGCACUGCCCGAAUCAAAUCUCUACAUUAUGUUUAUGGAUGUCUAUCUGAAAUCACACCACCAACUGUAACAUCUUGA